ACAACUAAGCAAAAAAAGGAUUACUUCCCGUAGAUAUAAAUUUGUCAUAAACGAUUCGAUUUUUAAAGUGUUUUAAACAUUUUCCUGGUCAUGGCUCAUACAACUUCCCGAGAAGAUCGCAGUGGGACAGACGGGCCAUUGAAAAGAAGAAAGAGUGAAGGACCAAUUCCACAAUUGUAUAAAAUAUUUCACGGAGAGGUUGCCUCUGUGAAAGAAUAUGGUCUAUUUGUCAAAAUUCCAGGGACAACAAGGCAGGGUCUGGUGCACAAGUCGCAGAUAUCCCACAGCAAGGUGGAUGAUCCGUCAGAGAUGUUCUCCAGAGGAGAAUAUGUCUACUGUAAAGUCAUUUCAUUGGAUGAGGAUGGUGAGAAAAUAGGCCUAGCCAUGAAGAUGGUAAACCAAACUACAGGAAUAGAUCAGGAUCCCAAUAAUGUGGAGCUCAGCCUAGAUGAAAAGAAGCGCCGACAGUUUGGUAACAGGCCAGAAAGACAGAAGAUUGUCCUAGAGGCAGUUUUAGAUACAACCUGCAAGAAAUGUGGAGGAAAGGGUCAUUUAGCGCAGGAUUGUUUUAAGACGGGCGAGACAUCCUAUGAGUUAAUACCAGACCUUGAUGACUAUAUGAAGACAGUUGUAACAGAAGAGGGCACUGUAUCACAUGCAAAGAAAAACAAAAAGUCAAGCAAGAAAUCAAAAAAAGAAAAGAGAGAGAAAAAAGAGAAGAAAAGAAAGAGGCAACACUCCAGGUCUGGAAGUUCGUCAGAUUCUGAGGAUUCUGAUUCUCACAAAAAGUCAAAGAAGAAAACGAAGAAGCAGAAGAAGCGAUACUCUAGUUCCUCAGACAGUGGAUGACGAAAUUACGCUUUGCCAUAAAUUUUGCAUUUCAAUUUGUAUUAAGUGAUAUUCCAGUAAAGAACAAGUACUUAUUAAUUGAAGUCAUGGCAUUGCAAUAUCAAUAUUCACUUACUCAUGUUCAGUUUUGGAAGUGAGACAAUUCACCCCCAAGACAAUUCACCCCCAGGAGACAAUUCACUCCCAAGACAAUUCACCCAUGCUCUCUGGACAAUUCACCCCAAGAUAGAUGUAUGUACUUAAUAUGUAUUUGAUAAUGAUUUUCGCAUGUUACAUAAAUGAUAGUUAUUGUG